CACCCCCAAUAGCUCCUCCAGUGGUCUCAGUUAAACAACAAGACCUGUCAGAGCUGGUAACCAGCAUUUGGUUAAGGCGUGUGCCUGCCUUCCAGAACAGCUCCUUUCCCUUUAUGUUAUUUACAGGUGAAAUAGGAAUGGUGUUGUUUGCCGAGCUGCUUGCUUAACUGACUGAAGGCAGCUAAAGAUCAAACGCAAGAGAACUAUGGCAAUAUUUGGUGCGUUGAUACCUGUCUUCCUGAUUUGCUCUCCUCUUUGUCACUCCUGCCGGAGCCCUGAUGACUUUGUGGGUGCCAGUUCUCCUGGAGAUAUUGUCAUUGGAGGCUUGUUUGCAAUUCAUGGCAAAAUGUUACAUUCUGGAGAAAAGCCCCUCAAACCUAUGAUUGCCAACUGCGCUGGCUUUGAAGUUCAAGUGUUUCUUCAGAGCCUUGCAAUGGUCCAUGCCAUAGAAAUCAUCAACAACUCCCCUCUUUUACCUGGAAUUACACUGGGCUAUGAAAUCUAUGAUACUUGUGCAGAAGUCACCAGGGCAAUGGCUGCAGCUUUAAGGUUCCUCUCCAAAUUUAAUGCUUCCAAAGACCUGGUAGAAUUCAAAUGCAACUAUUCAGAUUACAUACCCCGAGUAAAAGCUGUCAUAGGAGCCACUUAUUCAGAAGUGUCUAUGUCAGUUGCAAGAAUAUUGAAUUUGCAGCUAAUACCACAGGUCAGUCAUGCAUCCACGGCAGAAAUCCUUAGCGACAAAGUGCGUUUCCCUUCUUUUCUGCGCACUGUACCCAGCGAUUCCUAUCAGACCAAAGCAAUGGCACGAUUAAUCCACAGAUCAGGAUGGAACUGGAUUGGAAUCAUUGCCACCGAUGAUGAUUUUGGGCGGCUGGCUGUGGAAAGCUUUGGGUUGCAGGUUAUGGCCAACAACGUCUGCAUUGCCUUUAAAGAAAUGUUGCCAGCUUAUCUUUCAGACAGCACUAUCCACGGCAAAAUAAAUCAAGCGCUUGAGAAGAUUGUCAAGGAAACCAGGGUAAAUGUCAUCGUUGUCUUUCUGAGGCAAUUCCACGUAAUGAGACUUUUCAGAAAAGCAAUAGAAAGGAACAUAAAUAAGACCUGGAUUGCAAGUGAUAACUGGUCAGCGGCUGUGAAGAUUAGCACCAUUCCAAAUAUCAGUCGCCUGGGGAAAGUGGUUGGAUUUACAUUCAAAAGUGGCAACAUGUCCUCUUUCCAUGAGUUUUUGAGCAAUCUACCAAACACACCCAGUGGCAACAACACAUUCUUAAGGGAAUAUACGAUGCUAAUGUCAACGUGCUCCCAUAUAAAUGACCAACGUCUGAGUAAGUGCAUUUCAAACCAUUCAACAGAGAAUUUGCCCCAGAACCACACUCGCCCAACUAACAGCCUUUGGCGAGAGGAAUUUCUCAUUGCCAACGUUGAACCAGGAUUUAUCCACAGCACUAUGCUGGCAGUGUAUGCAAUUGCCAAGGCCAUUCAAAAACAGUGCAAGGACAGAGACUGCAAAGAUCCAUAUGCUUUCGCUCCUUGGGAGUUGCUCGAAAUACUUAAAGAGAUAAAGUUCACUGAUAAUGAACGGGAGGUCUAUUUUGACUCUCAAGGAGACAUUAACACAGGCUAUGAUGUUCUGCUCUGGAAGGAAAUUGAUGGAAGAGUGGUGAUUACCAACAUGGCAGAAUAUGACCUGGAGAAAGAUGACUUCAUCUUUGCAGAUAAAGAAGACGAAAUUGAAUUCAUGAAUCUAAAGAAUGUCCAGUCCAAAUGCUCUAGGAAAUGCAGACCUGGACAAGUGAAGAAAGUUUCCGCAAGUCCACAUACCUGCUGUUACGAGUGCAUCAGCUGCCCUGAAAAUUACUAUACAAACCAGACAGAUAUGGAUUACUGCAUUUUAUGCAACAACAGAACCCACUGGGCCCCAUUGAACAGCUCAACCUGCUACAGGAAGAUGGUUCAAUACCUCAACUGGAAUGACUGGUUUGCUGUUUUGUUACUGGUUCUGUCUGCCCUUGGAAUUGUGUUGAUUUGUGCCAUUUUCAUAAUAUUUACUCGAAAUGUGGACACUCCUGUUGUAAAGGCAUCAGGUGGCCUAACUGUGUGCUAUGUUAUACUCCUCUGUCACUUCCUGGCUUUUGUUAGCACAAGUUUAUUCAUUGGCCAGCCCAAAGCAUAUAAAUGUAAACUAAGACAAGCUCUCUUUGGCAUUAGCUUUGCCCUCUGCAUUUCAUGUAUUUUGAUUAAGUCCCUGAAAAUCUUGCUGGCUUUCAGUUUCGACCCCAAGUUACAGAAAUGGCUGAAGGGUCUCUACAGGCCCAUCCCCAUUGUGUCUUUUUGCACAGGGAUUCAGAUCUUGAUUUGUUCGGUCUGGAUCACUGUGAGAAGCCCUUUCGUAGCAGAGAACUUCUCCAUCCGGAGAGUUAUCAUCCUGGAAUGCAAUGAAGGUUCAGCAGUGGCCCUCGGCAUCAUGUUAGGAUACAUUGCCCUCCUCGCAUUCAUCUGCUUUAUCUGUGCUUUUAAAGGCAGGAAGCUCCCUGAAAACUACAACGAGGCAAAAUUCAUUACCUUUGGUAUGCUCAUCUAUUUCAUUGCAUGGAUUAUAUUCAUCCCUGUCUACACAACCACUUUUGGCAAAUACUUGCCCGCGGUCGAAAUCAUUGUCAUUUUGAUAUCUAACUAUGGGAUCUUGUGCUGUACAUUCUUCCCCAAGUGCUACAUCAUCCUGUAUAAGCAAGAAGCAAAUACUAAAUCCGCCUUCCUUAAAAUGCUGUACAAUUACUCUUCCAAGAGUGCAGGGAGUAUCAGUGUCAAUCAAAGUUCUCUGGACUCUAAAAGCGGGACCCCUCCAGUUCCUAGCACAAAUGCUUGUUGUAAAGUUAAGGGUGAGAAAAGCUGGCUGAAUGGUAGUUGCCAUUUUCAGGCCACUGGGCUCAGAGAAGUGAGAGGGGAAAUCCACUCCAAAACUACAGCGGGGCCCACAAUACCAAGGAGAAGACUCUCUAGCAUAUGAAGGGAGAUUAGAAGUGUGGGGAAGAGGGGCAGGUGUUCUGGAAAUAUCAUUUCAAGAUGAGGUCAUUUGAUCAACCUUUAAGUAUCUAUCAACACCCUAGAGAUGCAGGUCUCUGCAGACAUGAUGUUGACUUCCUAUGAUUAUUUCAUCUCCGCUUUCUUCUCCCGUUUGCCUAACUGUGAUUCUUAGCUUACCUAGGAUUUGAAAUCAAGGUCAAAAGUUCAGCCUGAGUAAAAUUGUAAUCCUGGGUUAGGGGGGAAACUAGCUAGCCUCUAUUAGACCAGCGGUAGGUAACAUGUUUUCUUUCUUUUUCCUGUGGAGGGCUAUUGUGACCUGAAAACCAGGGUGAAGCAAGCGGUAGAGACAGACAAUGCCAAAGCAAAGUGGGGGUUCCAUGGUUUUGUUUCCUGGGUUUUCUUUUGGUCUCUUGCUCUUUUUCUGAAUUUCGUUUUUCUUUCUCUCACUUCCCUUUUGCUAAACAUAGGGCAAAUCACUUUUGCCCAGGGUCCAAAAGGACUUUUAAAAUUGGGAUGUAGGCUACAUUAAAUAAAGCUAAUGUCUGCUUAUGGUCUGGUAGCCAUGGUUGUUCACUCCUGUACUUGAUCAUGGUUAAGAGAAAGAGACCUUGGGUCCACACAUUUUAUUAAGGAUAAUAUAUGAUUUCAGCCAUUGUAAAUGAGGCUUAAAGUGAUGUGUAUACCAGUUAUUGUGGUCUGCAAACCAUUGUUUAUGGCAUAGCAGAAUGUGAAACAUGCAUUCACCUAUUGCAAAUAAGACUAUUUUCAUAAACAUAGGUACAUAAAGACUAUUAAACAUCAUGUAAAUGGUACUUCAACAAACCACAAUAAGGCCAACUUCAGUUUUGUGUGACACAUAAACCAGAUUAAUGAAAGGGAAUAGGAAUUUAUGUUGAAGCAGAGGAAGAAAUCAUAUAACUGGCUUUUCUUUUAUGAAAUGAUUGUUAUAAUGAAGUUGGAAAUUGAAUCCUAACAGCAGCCAGUUUUUUACUCAGAUGCAUCAGUGAUUACAAAGUAUGAUGAUAUGAUAGCAAUGAUAUGAUAGUUUUGCUGCUUCAUUGAUGUUUGCUUGGACCCUCCUACAGCACUGAGCAGAACUUCAGCAGAGUGAACCCAUCCUUAGGGGUAUCUGCAAAUCAAAAUGUUAUCAAAAUGAUGAAAUAGGCAUCAUAAUGUCAUAAUAUAGGUCCACUUGUUAUGUACUUGCACAUGAAAUUGUGCUGCGAGUGCAAAAGAGUAAAAUGUAUUUGUGAUGUUACAGAGCAUGUUUCUUCAAGGCUCCCUCUUUGCCCCCUCCACCAUGCACAUCAUGGAGUUAAGUACAUGAAUUCAUGUAUGCUUAACUCUCUUUUGGAUUGAGAGUGCUGAAGAUAAAUGAAUAUGUCUAAGCAAGGAAGAAAUCUCUUGAAUUCUGAAAUGAGAGAAAUGAUGUGUUCUCAUACUUCCAUACAAAUAAACAAGGCUGCUUUUAAAGUUGUAAUGAAGCACGUUUUUUUUCUGUCUCUUUCCAAAGAUCCGAACGAAUUGCACCAUCAGCAAUAUUGUUUUCUGCUUCUUUCCACUGUGCUGUACUCUCACAGUUGCAUUAAUAUUAUUCCUGAAUUUUCAUUUUUGUGCAUAAAAAUCAGGAGGAGUCAGGAGGUAUUGAAUUAUCUUUCAUGAAAUUAAAGCAGGAAAUUAUUGCUGAUCUAAUCAAUGUUAUGUCAUUCCACAAUGUAAGAAGUGAUUGGAAAGUAGCUGCGGAUAACAUGUACUGAAAUACUUAGGUUAUCUCUUUGUCAAAUUUAUAUUAACAUGGGUGGAAUUGUGUAUUAACAGAUGGAUAUCUCCUUAAGCAGUAGCCCUAAUAUAUCUAACAAUAGGGUGAACUAAUGACCUCCCUGAAACAAAGAGGGGCAUUUAUCAUGACUUUUUCAGAUGUCAGCUUUACAUCCAUUAGUCUUGGUGCAAAACCAUGCAUCCUUUUUUUGUCAAGAAUACACACACACACACACACACACACACAGAGAGAGAGAGAGAUUAACAUUUAUGAAAUAAUUAAUGUAACUUCUGUUGAAAAACUUUUGUUGUGAUAUUACAGGUGAAGCUCAAAGGGAUUUACUUUUGGAAGGGAUUACACUGUGAAUACCCGUGGGCAUAUUCUUUUCACCUUUGAAAAGUUUUCUCUCUCUCUCUCCCUCUCUAGGUAUACAUAUUUGUGUGGUACAUAUGCAUGUGCAUGUGUGUAUUUAUCAUUACAUACAGAUACAGACACAUACGCAGAAACAUUUGAAUGUA